AAGGUAACUAAGCACUGACUGACUUGGCCAGCUAUUGUUUCUUGAUUUCAACACAACUAGUAAUGCUGAAUUAUUAAAAAUUUGGAAAAAUUAUAAUAAAAAGAAAUCUCGCUAAACAUGUCCGAAGAUAUAAAUCCGGCUGUUAUUAAACAUACCCAGGAAACAUUGGGGAAAUAUGUUAAGAAACCACAUUUAACGGAAAAACUUUUAAGGAAGCCACCUUUUCGAUUCUUGCAUGAUGUGUUUGCUGUGGUUAUUCGAGAUACUGGUUGCUUUGAGGGCCUGUAUACACCGGAUGAACUGAAUUCCGAUAAUAUUAAAGAUCGGGAGGACAAAAUGCGUUUCCUGCAAAAAAUGAUUGAUGUUGUGCGCAUUUGUACCAAUGUACCCUUAACGGUGAAGACUUCAAAAAUUGUGGCUGGCCAUGAAGCGGAGAAGACCAAUGAACUGUUACAGUUAAUGGGAAAAAUAAUAGAAAACAAAUUAAAUUGGCAACCGGCAGUGGAACAAGUCCUCAAAGGCAAAGAUCCAACAAAGACCAGCGAUAAGCCCAAGGAGAAAGUGAAAGAUAAGGAACCCUCAAAGGCAAAGGACCCAUCAAAAACUAGUAAAGUUCCUAACAAAGCUACCAAACAAGCGACUGUAAACAAAGAAGAGAAAACCAAACGUCCCAAGGAAAAGGAAAAAGUUACUAAUUCAAAAGAAAAGACGUCUUCUAAGACAAAGGAAAAAGAGAAAGUUUCCAGCAAGUCAAAGGAAUCCGCAAGCAAAAAAUCGACCAAAACUGAGUCGCAAAACAAUAAUAAAAGUGUUUCACCCGACAAGGAAGUGAAGACGAAGAAAAAGGAGGAACCUCCCAAGAUUGCGAAAGAAGCUGCCCAAUUUUCACAUGAGAUGGAAGAAGAGAAGGUCGAUAAACCAAUUGAGGUGGAAAGGAAAAAUAGUUUAAUGGGCGACACAAUUAAUUUGGAAAAUUUAAACGGUGAUAUGCUAACAGAAAGUAAACUUUUGGAAACGGUUACAUCAAAAACAGAUGAAGAACCAGAAAUAAAACCUCCAAGAACCAGUAGUGGCAAACGAUCUGGAGGAAAAUCUAGGAAACUCAGGGAAGACAAUCAUGAAAACUCACCAUCCAAGGAUGAAAAUAAUGAUAAUGAAAGCAGAAAAUCUUCAGGAAAAUCUGCAAGAAAAGAAGAGGAGGACAUUGCCACAAAUGGAAGCGAAGAAAAAAGGAAGUCAUCAAGCAGACUAAGAAAUAAAAAUCAAAAUAAUGAAGUUCCAAUAGAGGAAACAAAAAAAGAAGAAAGCAAUAAUGAUAGAUCUUCUGCAAAACCUAAACGAGCUGAAGAAGAAUUACAACAACAGCCACAAGAACCAUUGUUGCCUACAGAGCCCCACUCAUCUCCCAAACUAAACAAAGAAAAAAUAGAGAAAAUCCCCAACUCACCACCAAGUAGUUCCAGCAAACCGGAACAAAACGAACCCCAACCUUUGCCGAUUGCCAUAGCUGCGGGCAUUAUCCCUCAAGAUCCGGUAAUUAAGCGUGAAUCCACAUUUAUACGAGAAAACUCUAAGGAAUCAACAACUAAACCCAAUCGCCCACGAACUUCGUUGCGACCACCUUCAGCGAGACCACCCUCAGCUCGUCCGGGCGCCCCACGAAGACGUGAUCGUAAUAUUGAAAUUAUUCUACAGCCCAAUGAUCAAAUUAAAAUGUCCGGUAUUCAGGUGAAAUUGGAAAAUUUUGGAGAUUUAGAUGAUGAUGGAGAAAAUUUAGUUAUAAUUGAAAAUCCCGAUGCUAUACAUGCUGGUGAACUAUCCACCAAUGGGGAUGUAUUAAAAACGGAUGUGGAUUUAGAUGGCAUGGAACAGCAGGGACAUUUGGUACAACAAAUAUUGGAAACGCAAAAGGAAUUGACACAGCAGAAAGAUUUCAAUCAGCAAAUCAAAAAUGAAAAGGACACUGUCAAUGGCAUGGUUAUGAAGCAAACAUCCAUGAAUAAUCUACGCGAUGUCAUACAAAGUUUAACUAAGUCCAUUAAUCCUCUGGGAAAAUUAAUGGAUUUCAUACCCGAAGAUAUCGAUGCAAUGCAAUUGGAGUUUACAAUGUGGCGUGAUACCUAUACCCAGGCAGCUAAUCAGUUGAAAAGGGAGAAAAGCCUCACCGAAUCUGCCACCGAACCCAUGAAAAAUCAAUUGCUACAAAUCGAAUCGAGCAUUCAGGAGUAUAUGGAAAUGAUCGAUGCCAGCCGUGUUAAAAUUUUACAAAAUAAUGACAAAAUAUUUAAAAUGUUAACACAUUCCUAAUUGAUUUGUUGUUAUUUGUUUGGUGAGUGAGUGAGGAUAUUUGUACCUCCUACUAUUUGCUCACUUGAUUUGUUGUCACCGAAAUUUGUCCAAAAUAUUCAAGUACUGUAAGACUUGUUUAUUUUCGGCGAAGCUUCAAGAAAGACACCUUUGUUGAUUUAUAUCUUUUUCAAUAACAAAUAAAUAAAUAUCGUAACAAACCGUAACAUUCAUACGCCGAUAUAUAUCAUAAUCAGUUAAAUCAAUACCAAAAAUAAAUUCACAAUAUUUACUUGGCCUAUCUGUGGCUAUAAUGAA